UGACGUCAUGGGCGAGCGGGACCACCGCCAACGUCCAGCCUAUAAGACCGCCCUAUCGACCACCAAGGUCAUCCCACACAGCAAAUCACCGCAAUGGUUCUCUCUGGACACUGCCUCUGCAAAGCCGUCACCUACACCAUUGACGUUGAAAAGCCCGAUCUCGUCGGCUACGACCACUGCGACGAUUGCCAGCGCCAGUCCGGCUCCUCUUACUCCCUCGUCGCUGUUGUCCCCAAAGCCAAAGUCUCCAUCAAGGGACCCACCAAGUCGUACGCUUCCCCUGGAUCUUCCGGAAAGGACGUCCACAGGAUUUUCUGCUCCGAGUGCGGAAGUCCGAUCGCGCACGACCCCGAUGCCGCGCCGGAGAUUAUUGCGAUGAAGGCGGGAACGCUCGAUAUGGAGCAGAAGAAGAAGUUGGAGCCGCAGGCUGAGAUUUGGUGUGUUUCCAAGUUGCCGUUUGUGCAGGAGAAGUUGGGCAAGCAGUUUGACCACAUGCCGCAGUAAACAUCUGCCAUGGAGGAUGUGAAGGAUGUUUGGUGUGAUGUGAAACCCGAAUAUACCCAUAUUUUUCUGCAAUUGUUGCAUGUUCCAGAAUUCUUAUUAUCAGGUUUGUGCUUGAGUAAAUGACAGAAACUCCUUCUAAAACGUAAAUACCUUAUGCUAUAC